AUGAUUGUACUUAAGAGUUCCGACGGUGAGUCCUUCGAGGUCGAGGAAGCGGUGGCGCUGGAAUCACAGACGAUAAAGCAUAUGAUUGAAGACGACUGUGCUGAUACUAGUAUUCCUCUUCCCAACGUUACAUCCAAGAUCCUGGCCAAGGUGAUUGAAUACUGCAAGCGCCACGUUGAUGCGACGGCGGCAAAGUCAGCCGAGGGAAUGGGAGUUUCCGCUGACAAGGUGACCGACGAGGACCUGAAGGCGUUUGAUGCUGAUUUCGUGAAAGUUGAUCAGGGCACCCUGUUUGAUCUUAUCUUGGCAGCAAACUAUCUGAACAUAAAGAGUCUGCUCGACCUCACAUGUCAGACUGUGGCCGACAUGAUAAAAGGAAAGACUCCGGAGGAAAUCCGCAAGACUUUCAAUAUUAAGAAUGACUUCACCCCGGAGGAGGAAGAGGAAGUUCGCAGGGAAAAUGCUUGGGCAUUUGAGUGA